CUCCACGGAUCUCUACGCGGUUAGCACAUGCGCGCCGGCUCUGCUCCCUGUUCUUCCACUUCCACCAGCUUCCACCGUCCGGGCAGCCGCCGCCACCGCCGGCGAGAAGUCAGGAAGUUCAAGAUGGCCGCCGCGGAGACUCAGUCGCUGCGGGAACAGCCAGAGAUGGAAGAUGCUGAUAAUUCUGAAAAGAGUGUAAAUGAAGAAAAUGGGGAAGUAUCAGAAGACCAAUCUCAAAAUAAGCACAGUCGUCACAAAAAAAAGAAGCAUAAACACAGAAGUAAACAUAAGAAACAUAAACAUUCCUCAGAAGAAGACAAGGAUAAAAAACAUAAGCAUAAGCAUAAACAUAAGAAACACAAAAGAAAAGAGGUUAUUGAUGCUUCUGACAAAGAAGGUUUGUCUCCAGCAAAAAGAACUAAACUUGAUGAUUUAGCUUUACUGGAAGACUUGGAGAAACAGAGAGCCUUGAUUAAAGCUGAACUUGAUAAUGAGUUAAUGGAAGGAAAGGUCCAAUCUGGGAUGGGGCUCAUAUUACAAGGUUAUGAGUCUGGCUCUGAAGAAGAGGGGGAGAUUCAUGAAAAGGCAAGAAAUGGAAAUAGGUCUAGUACUAGAUCUUCAAGUACAAAGGGGAAACUUGAACUUAUGGACAAUAAAAAUAGUACAAAAAAGCGAAGUAAAAGCAGAUCUAAAGAACGGACUAGACAUAGGUCUGAUAAAAAGAAGAGUAAGGGUGGUGUUGAAAUAGUUAAAGAGAAGACAACUAGGAGCAAGUCAAAGGAGAGGAAAAAGUCCAAAAGUCCAUCCAAAAGAAGUAAGUCUCAAGAUCAAGCAAGAAAAUCAAAAUCUCCUACCCUUAGAAGGCGAUCUCAAGAGAAAAUUGGGAAGGCCAGAUCUCCUACUGAUGACAAGGUUAAAAUUGAAGAUAAAAGUAAGUCAAAAGAUAGAAAAAAAUCCCCAAUUAUAAAUGAAAGUAGAAGUCGUGAUCGAGGCAAAAAAUCCAGAUCCCCAAUUGACUUAAGAGGUAAAUCCAAAGACAGAAGGUCACGGUCCAAAGAGAAAAAAUCAAAACGGUCUGAAACUGAUAAAGAAAAGAAACCAAUUAAAUCUCCCUCUAAAGAUGCUUCUUCUGGGAAAGAAAAUAGGUCACCCAGUAGAAGACCUGGUCGUAGUCCUAAAAGAAGAAGUCCAUCUCCAAGACAGCGUGAUAAAUCAAGAAGAAGUAGAUCUCCGCUUUUAAACGAUAGAAGGUCCAAGCAGAGCAAAUCCCCGUCCCGAACUCUGUCUCCUGGUAGAAGAGCCAAGAGUCGAUCCUUGGAAAGAAAACGAAGAGAACCAGAAAGGAGACGACUUUCUUCUCCAAGAACACGACCUCGAGAUGAUAUCCUCAGUAGACGUGAAAGAUCAAAAGAUGCCAGCCCGAUCAAUAGGUGGUCUCCAACCCGAAGAAGAACAAGUAGAUCUCCCAUUAGAAGGAGGUCGCGUUCCCCAAUCAGACGCAGCAGGUCUCCCAGAAGAAGAAGCAGGUCUCCUCGGAGAAGGGACAGAGGUCGGAGGAGCAGAUCACGCUUGAGAAGACGGUCUCGAUCACGGGGUGGUCGUAGACGUAGGAGCAGAAGCAAAGUAAAGGAAGAUAAAUUUAAAGGAAGUCUUUCUGAAGGAAUGAAAAUUGAGCAAGAAUCUUCAUCUGAUGAUAACCUUGAAGACUUUGAUGUAGAGGAAGAAGAUGAAGAAGCCCUAAUAGAACAGAGAAGAAUACAAAGGCAGGCAAUUGUUCAGAAAUAUAAAUAUCUUGCUGAAGAUAGCAAUAUGUCUGUACCGUCUGAACCAAGCAGCCCCCAGAGCAGUACUCGUACACGGUCACCUUCUCCAGACGACAUUCUGGAAAGGGUAGCUGCUGAUGUUAAAGAGUAUGAACGGGAAAAUGUUGAUACAUUUGAGGCCUCAGUAAAAGCCAAGCAUAAUCUAAUGACAGUUGAACAGAAUAAUGGUUCAUCUCAGAAGAAGCUCUUGGCACCUGAUAUGUUUACAGAAUCUGACGAUAUGUUUGCUGCAUAUUUUGAUAGUGCUCGACUUCGGGCUGCUGGCAUUGGAAAAGAUUUCAAAGAGAAUCCCAACCUCAGGGAUAACUGGACUGACGCAGAAGGCUAUUAUCGUGUGAACAUAGGUGAAGUCCUAGAUAAGCGGUACAAUGUAUAUGGCUACACUGGUCAGGGUGUAUUCAGUAAUGUUGUACGAGCCAGAGAUAAUGCAAGAGCCAACCAAGAAGUGGCUGUAAAGAUCAUCAGAAACAAUGAGCUCAUGCAAAAAACUGGUUUAAAAGAACUAGAAUUCUUGAAAAAACUUAAUGAUGCUGAUCCUGAUGACAAAUUUCAUUGUUUGCGACUCUUCAGACAUUUUUAUCACAAACAGCAUCUCUGUCUUGUAUUUGAGCCUCUAAGUAUGAAUUUACGAGAGGUGUUAAAAAAAUAUGGUAAAGAUGUUGGUCUUCAUAUUAAAGCUGUAAGAUCCUAUAGUCAGCAGUUGUUCUUGGCAUUGAAACUCCUUAAGAGAUGCAAUAUCCUACAUGCAGAUAUCAAGCCAGACAAUAUCCUGGUAAAUGAAUCAAAAACUAUUUUAAAGCUCUGCGAUUUUGGGUCGGCUUCUCAUGUGGCAGAUAAUGACAUAACGCCUUAUCUUGUCAGUAGAUUUUAUCGUGCUCCUGAAAUCAUUAUAGGUAAAAGCUAUGACUAUGGUAUAGAUAUGUGGUCUGUAGGUUGUACCUUAUAUGAACUCUAUACUGGAAAAAUUUUAUUUCCUGGCAAAACCAAUAACCAUAUGUUGAAGCUCGCCAUGGAUCUCAAAGGAAAGAUGCCGAAUAAGAUGAUUCGGAAAGGUGUAUUCAAAGAUCAACAUUUUGAUCAAAACCUCAACUUCAUGUACAUAGAAGUUGAUAAAGUAACAGAGAGGGAGAAAGUUACUGUCAUGAGCACCAUUAAUCCAACUAAGGACCUGUUGGCUGACUUGAUUGGGUGCCAGCGACUUCCUGAAGACCAACGUAAAAAAGUACACCAGCUAAAGGACUUGUUGGACCAGAUCCUGAUGUUGGACCCAGCUAAACGAAUUAGCAUCAACCAGGCCCUACAGCAUGCCUUCAUCCAGGAAAAAAUUUAAACGAGAUGAAGAAGCUCCAAGGGUUUGAGUAAUUAAAUACAAAGACUGAAGAAAUUUCACAGCAGUUUAUUAAUGUAUAUAAACUUAUAAGUAUUUCUCCAGCAAAUUUGAGGAAGCAUGAUAUAUUUGAAUUAACACCAAGGGUGAUAUUUCUUUUAGAAAUGUUAGUUAAUCUGUUGUGUCUUAUGUGAAAUUUCAUUGUAGAACUGUUUUAAUUGCCAAGACUGCACAAAAUUACAGUGCUAAUGUAUAUUGUUGCAGUUCACAUAAAAGACAAAAGCAUCUGUUAUAAAACAAGUAGUAAUACUGGGUGGUUGAUUUAUUUUUAGCAGACUUGGCUUCAUUUUGGUCUUCAAAUAAAAUGGCCAGCAUAAAUGCUGUUUAUAUUCACGUUUUCCUAGGUGUGUGUGUGCAGGCCACAGCAGCAUGCCCUUGGUGUAGUCAGUGCCGAAAGGGGUCUGUUCCUUCUUGAGCCUGCCUGCAGGGAUGGUCUCCUCUUUUAAAGCAGGUUGUGUACAACAUUCAGUACACUGAAGGUAAGCUAAACCAUCAACAUCACUGGUGUUUUAAGAUAUUAUUUUAUUGGAACAAUUGACAAAUGAGGGAUAUUAGCUUUGUGGCAGAAUUCCCUGCAUGUGUGGUAACUGAUCUUGUUUUAUUUUUUGGCAUUGCAACUGUGGCAUAGUUACAGUUUCUGUUCUGUUCAUCACAUUUAAAAUUUGAAGAGUAUGCGCUUGAUGGAUAGAGCGCCUUCAGUGUACUGUUUCUUAUUAACUUUAAUUUUUUUAAAUCAACUUGCUAUAGACUUUAUAUACAUUUUGUUAAAUACAGUUCCUAGUGACAUAGAAACAAUGCGUAGUUUUCAUUUACUAAUUACAAAUGUUGAGGCCUAAUUCUGAAAGUCCUCAUAUUUAAAAAUUAGAUGACAUAAUGAAAUUUUUAACUAUUUGUAUGUCAUUUUUGAAAGUGUACUGCUUUAUGGUAAAAGUGUUUUUCAUUUGUUCCUUGUUUUCAUUAUUUGUGAUCAUGUUGUCUUUCAAUACAGGCAUAAACCUUCCACUCUUGAACAAAGCAGCUGCUUUUUAAAAGCGGUAAUUGCUCCUUUACCUUUUAUUUCUUUUGUAAAUGAAACUUUUCUUUAAGAAUGUGACUUUAAAGUGUUGUCUAUUGCAUAAAACAGUUGACACUCACUUAUUGUAAAGUGAAGAUUGUUCUACUGCAUGUGAAGUGGACCAUGCAGAUUUCUGUAUGUUCUCAGUAUGCAUCACUAGAUAAUAAAGUCUUUUGUGAACAAGG